CAAAAUUUAUAUGUGCAAUUCUAGUUGAGAUGGAUUGGGAAAAGUUAUUUUGUUGCAGGAUAUGACAUUAUGGCAACACAAUGUGCAAGAAAGGAAAAGAACUUCUUCCCAGCUUUUGGCUUUGCAGCAGUACUGAAGAAAUCACAAGUUGUUAACACUUACAUUACAAGGUUUCAUCUGCAUGUAAAUUGUUAUAGCUUUCAGAUAUGCAGUACAAAAUAUAAGUGAUGACAUUUACUGCCGGGACCCCAUAACAUCAAUGAGGGUUAGACAACCAGAAGAGCUGCAGGCUCACUAUGAACAGCAGCACACUGAGGAGACAGCAGGGGACACUGAGAACUCCUCACACGACGCAGGGUUCAUCUGUCCGAUGUGUUUGCUGGCUCUGCCCUCCCCAGAAGAGCUUCAGUCUCACUAUGAACAGUACCACGCUACAGGAGACACUGACAACUCUGCACCAAAACAACAGCCACAGGCCGACCCCCAGGCUGACAUGGUCAAACAGCAGCUGAAGGAAUCAGAGGAGAACAGAUCACUCAUCCAGUCAGAAGUGGUUCUGCUGAGGAAGCAGCUGGCUGAUGCCAUCGAGAGUUCCAUCACAGCCAGGAGGGAGAAGGAGACCUUGGAACAAAAGGCUGCAGCAAUGGCUCGAGAGAAGGUGCAGCUGCAGUCCAGGGUGGAUGAGGAGACAGGGAUGAGGAUGGGCUUACAGGAACAGGUGGCCACUCUACAGAACCAAGUCAAGGAAAAGACUACCUGGGCUCAGAGUUUGGAGUCACAACUUCAACAAAGACCCGGUGCAGAUGAUGUCCUGGUCCUGCGGAGAGAGUUGGUGAAUGCUCAGCAGCUGAUGGACAAGUUAACUCUGGAACAGGAGGAGGAGAAGAACAAGUUAAAGGAUGAGUGUGUGGAACUACAGUCUAAGAACACAGAGUUAGAAAAGUCUGUGAAUGAUAUGAGGACAGAACUAGACAAGGCACCAAAAUCAGAAGACAUGGAGAGAUUACAGCAAACAUCUGGGGAGGUCAGCCAAUUGUCAGAACAGCUUAAGCAAUUGCAGGGGGAGAAGUCCUCAUUAACAGAUCAGCUGAAGAAGACUGAGAGCUCCUUGAAGGAAAAGGAGACAGCCUGUACCAAGUUGGACCAACAGAUGAAGGAGUGGCAACAGAAGCAUCAGGAGCUGCUCAGCGCCUCCAGCCAGGGGACACAGGAACUACAGCUCAAGCUCAAGCAGUGGGAGGACCAGUGCCACCAGAAGGAGAGUGAAGUGGAGAACCUACAGAAGCAAGUAGAUGACCUACAUGUGCGCUACCAACAGGAGGUGUCAGCAGGUGAUGAGUUGAAGGUACAGGUGAGGAAGAGACAGGCACAGCUGGAGGAGCAGACAAGACACCUGCAGACCAAGGAAGCCCACAGUCAGCAGCAGGACGCCAGCAUGCAGGAGUUGAAGGACCAGAUUGGCAGGCUGGAGGUGGAGAGGACUGACCUCAUGGAGAAGAUCCAGGCUGGGGAGGGGGAGGCUACUGCGAUCACACAACUACAGCAACAGAAUGCUGCCCUGCAGAAGCAGCUACAGUCAAGUCAAGAGGCAGCAGGUGUACAGGUGAAGGACCUGGAGACACAGAUGGACACCCUGCACUCCCAACUGGCACAGACCAAGAGUGAUGUAGAGGCAGCCAACGACAGAUGUACCAAGCUGGACACAACUCUACAGGACACAAACACCAAACUUACAGCAGCCAAGGAGAAAACUGCUGAACUGGAGGCAGAGCUCAAGAACAAGGGUGACUUACUGGCCGCCUCUGAGGCAGCGAAGGCCGCCCAGCGUACGGACCUCGAGGGUCACCUGACCACAGCACGGGCCGCGCUACAGGAGAAAACACAGGAGCUAACGCAGGUCAAAGGUCAGGCUGAGGAGACCGUGUCCCAGCUGAGUACAGCACGGGAGCAGGUCAGCCGAUUGGAGGUCAGUCUGAGUGAGAUGAAGGACAGGCUGGGGGCAGAACAGCAGAGAGCAAAACAGCUGGACUCAGACCUGGCACAGAAGACCAAAUCCUUGUCAGAGGCAGAACAGCUGAAGGGGAAGACUCAGGUGGAGCUGGACAGCACCAGACAGCUGCUGGAGGAUAGGAACAGCCAGCUGACUAACCUUCAGCAACAACUGGAACAGGUGAAGUCGGAAGGUAAUGCAGAGAAGACCAGGUUACAGGAGCAGCUGUCACUGGCACAGACAGUUAGGGAACAGCUGCAGAAGGACAUCCAGGAAAAGGUGUCUGCAGCUGACAAGGUGGCAGAGAAGCUGAAAGAACAGCUGGAAGAGAAGAUGUUACUGGAGAAAGACUUGCUGCAACAAAUCCAGAAUGAGAAGCAGCAGGUGGAGCGUCAGCAGGUGCAGAUCCAGAACUACGAGGCGCAGGUGGUGCAGCUGCAGACACAACUCCAGAAAGCAAAUGAGGACACCCAAAGUGUGGCAGCAGAACUGGCAACAAGCAAGGAAGCCAUGAAGGAGGUGCAUGGCCAGCUUCACCAGGCUGAGGCUAACCUACAGGCCCUGAGAGACAGGGAGGCCACCCUGGUGUCUACAGUAGAACAUCUCACAGAGGGCAAGGCUACCCAGGAGGAGCGAGCGUCCCAGCUGUCCACACAGCUGCAGGCUACAGAACAGAGGGUGCAGGCUGUCACACAGGAGAAGGCUGAUUCAGACAGUCGUGUGGAGAACCUGACCCAGCAGUGUGGGCAGCUCCGGGAGCAGAAGUCGACCUUGGAGGCACAGCUGACAGCAGCACAGCAGGCACUACAGGCAGAGAAACAGCACUGGCAACAGGAGCUGGAGACUCAACGGGAAGCCAAGAAGCUGCUGAUUGACCAGAAAUUGGAGCUGACCAAUCAGCUGGAAGAACAAAAGAACAGCAUGAAAAAGCUUGAAGCUGACCACGCUGCCCAGCAGGAGGCCAGCACACAGGUACAGGAACAGCUACGACAGGACAAUGCACAGCUCACCAACAGACUGUCUGAUGUGGAAGAAGCUAAGAAGACCCUGCAGAAGGAGUCAGACCAGGAGAAGGCCCGUCUAGAGCUGCAGCUGUCAGCGCUCAGUGAGAACCUGGGCACCCUCAGGUCAGAGCUGGAGGUCAACAACGACAAGAAGGCAGAGGCAGAGAAGGCCUACACAGAGCUGCAGGGCGAGAAGGCAGUGUUGGAAGCUACUAUAGAGAACAACCAGGAGGAGAGAAGAGCUCUGCUUCAAAGAUGCCUGACGAGUGAGAAUGAGUGCGAGCAGCUGAGGAACAAGUGUGCAGACCUGAGGAGGAAACUGGAGGAUGCACAGGCCGCCAUGCAGGAGCUGGGCAGGGAGAACCAGUCUCUACAGAUCAAACAAACGCAGGCCAUGAACCGUAAGUGGGCCGAUGAUGAGACAGUCAACAACUGUAUGACCUGUAACAAGGCUUUCUCUGUCACGGUCAGAAAGCAUCACUGUAGACAUUGUGGAAAUAUCUUUUGCAACGAGUGUUCUGCCAAGACUGCCAAAAUCCCCUCAUCCAAGAAACCAGUACGGGUCUGUGACACCUGCUUCGAAGAAGUAGCAACAAGAUAAUCCAAACUUGCCAUAAUACAAGAUAAGCCAAGCCCCCCUGUUUUUAUAGUGGAAAAGUCCAGAUGCAAUCAGUGUAGAUAGAAGAAUCAGCCAUGGUCAUUUGUGCUAAGGGGUGGGAUAAGAAACUGCAUAAAAAGGGACCUAAUUGUAGUUUGGUAUAUGCCAACUAUACAAGUUCUCAUAGUUCUCAUAGGCCUAUAUAUAGGUCAGGGCCUUUAUUUUUUUUCAUUUUUGUAUACAUACAUGUACUUUGUAUGUUGUACACGGGUACUACAUUUUGUCAGUUCGAUGUCUUCUUGGUUUGUAACUAUGGGAACCAUGUCCUGCGUGUAUUUAUGUUAUUAUAGUACAGUCAAUUUAUUCUGUUUGUGGCUAGUGUAGAAAAGAGGCAUUUGAUUUUAGUAAAUUUGAAAAAGUGUGAGUUAAGCUGAUAGAAUCAAACAGUAUAUGAUAAACUAUAGCAGACAUGUAAUCAGGUAUAAUUACCGGUACUUGACUUCAUAGACUGUAUCUUGCCAAAAAUCUAGCAGCUAAUACAUAUAAACGAGACAAUUUCCAAAAUGAAUUGAAUUGUGGAUAGCAAUAGACAAAAUGACACAAAUUAGCAAAGAAAGCAAUUGUUGCAAAAUGUACAAAAUAAUCUCAACACGGAUAGUGAGUGAUUAGAGCUAGCAGUACAUUUCCACAAACAUCAGCAAAAACAUCUUUUAAAUUUGAAGUA